AUGAAUGUUUCAUGUGUGAUAACACUGAUCUUUUACAUAGCACCAAUGUGUACGCGUUUGUUAAUCGGCAGCAUAGUUAAUGCGACAACGGACGACAUCCUAAUAUCGUAUUCGGGAAUCAGCUGCAAUUUCAAUCCACUUGCAAUCCUUGCAGCUCUCUUUAUAAUGCAGGACGAUGUGAAAGCGGCUGUAUACAGCAGUUUACCGCGUAGUUUGCAUUGGCUAAUUCAACGCCAGUUACCAACUUUCGUCUCGGGCAUAACAGUUGGUGAGAGGCCGUCGGUGGCAAGUCAUACGACUCAACACAAAACUGCAGCGACAGCACUUUUUUCGCAUGCGCCGCAGCAGACCAAGAAAACUGCAACACAGUGGCUUUCGAAGUCAGGAAUCACUGUUACUGUGCCCGUGCGACCACACUAA